CGAAGCGUUUCCUUUCUCCCUUCGGGUUUCGCCUCACUUUGACCUCACUUUCGCCCUCGAGCAGCGUAGCCUCGCGAAAUUGAAGAUGGACGCAGAGCUCCUCGAACUCCAGAGGCAGUUUGAGUCGGCGCAGCAGGCGAAGUCCAGCGUCCGCCUCUCGGAGCGGAACGUUGUCGAGUUAGUCCAGAAGCUCCACGAGCUUGGCAUCAUCGACUUCGUUCUCCUCCACACCGCCUCCGGCAAGGAAUACAUAACUUCUGAUCAGUUGAGGCUUGAGAUGGAGACGGAGAUCAAAAAGUUGGGACGGGUUUCCGUCAUUGAUCUCUCGGAUGUUAUUGGUGUGGAUUUGUACCAUAUCGAAACGCAAGCGCAGAAGAUUGUGAAAGAUGAUCCGCACCUUAUGCUGGUCAAUGGAGAGAUCAUUUCCCUCUCGUAUUGGGAUUCUGUGGCCGAAGAAAUAAACGAGAAGCUGCAGGAAUCUAGUCAGAUAUCCUUGGCAGAAAUUGCCGCUCACUUUCAAAUAGGUUCAGAGUUGGCGGUUUCUGUUCUUGAGCCCCGCCUUGGAACUCUUAUAAAAGGUAGAUUGGAAGGUGGACAGUUGUACACCCCAGCAUAUGUAUCACGCAUCACUGCUAUGGUCCGUGGUGCUUCAAGAGGUAUCACUGUUCCUACAAACUUGUCUACUGUAUGGAGUUCCUUGCAACAGCUGCUCCAAGAUACAGAUGGUCCUAGUGGUGUUUCUAUGGAUGGAACAUUUUUUCAGUCCUUAUUCAAUGGAUUAUUGAAGGAAGGUGAUAUUCUAGGAUCAUUACGGGCAGGAGUUCAAUGGACACCAUCUGUAUUUGCCCAUGCUCAAAGGGAAAGUGUAGAUUCUUUCUUCUCACAGAACUCCUACAUUGGCUAUGAGGUUCUACAUAAGCUUGCUAUUCCACAGCCUAGACAAUACUUGCAGUCCAGAUAUCCUGAAGGUAUUCCACUGGAUGUAGUUUUUGUUCAUCAAUCAGUGGUUGAAAUGUUAGAUGCUGCCAUUGAAGAUGCUGUAGAACAUGGAAACUGGAUUGAUGUACUUUCAGUUCUACCACCAUACGUUGGUGGGCAGGAUGUUCUGAAAAUUUUGUCACUUUGUUCAUCUUUGCAGAGAGCAACUAAGUCUUCACAAGCAAUUAUACUGGGCGAAUCUUGUGUUUUUAGCAGCAUCUUUGUCAAGGAUCUCUUUGAGCGAGUGGAAAAAGAAAUGGAUGAACUUUGUCAAGGGGUUGGCAGUAAUCUUUAUUCUGCUAGUUCGAUGAAGGUUGGAGUCAGUUCAGAUCCAAACAAUGAAUCAAAAGAGAGAGAUGAUGGCGGCAGCAAAUAUAAUGUUACAGAAAAAGGAGGAAAGAAGAAAAAAGGGAAAUCCACAGCAUCAGGAAAAACUGGGGCAACUGAAGACAAUCUUGACAGCCAGGAAAACCUUCCUGGUAAAUCAAAAAAAAAUCAACGAAAAAACAGGGAUACAGGGUCUUUGGAUGUAUUUGAUGUGAAAUCUGUUGCUAAAAAAGGUUCGAGUAAACUAACAGAGGAUAGUUUGAAUGUUCCUUCUGAAGAUUGGAUAAAGCAAAAGAUCUUGUUACUUGCUCCAGAUUUGGGAGAAUCAGGAGAUCCUGAGGAUUCACUUGCAUUGGUUAAACAUCUGUCGUCCCAUUUAAGGCCAAUGCUUGUCAACUCGUGGAUGAAAAGAAGAGAUACAAUUAUCUUAGAGAAUUCUGAAAAGAGGAGGAAGCUACUUGAUAAUCUGCAGAAGCAGCUAGAUGAGGUUUUCUUGGAUCUACAGCUUUACGAGAAAGCACUAGAGCUUUUUGAGGACGACCCUUCAGUUUCUGUAAUCUUACACAAGCAUUUGUUGAAGACUAUGGCUGCUCCCAUUGUUGACAAACUUUUGUAUACCCUAGAAAAAGAAAACAAUCUGAUGAAUGGCAUUAAUAUCGAGGAUUGCGAUAAUAUGGAAUCAGUAUCUCUCACUUGUGCAGAUCGUGUUUCUCUGGCAAAAGGGUUGCCAGCUUCUUUUGCAGUUAAGGCUCAAACAGCAGUAGAAGCACUUGAGGGAAAAAGAUUAGAUACAUUCAUCACCACAUUAAGAGAUUUGGUGGAAGAAAGUGGCCUACUAGUAAAGAAGCUUGAUAAAAAAUUGGAAAGGACACUAUUGCACUCUUAUCGUAAGGAUUUGACAUCACAAGUCUCUAUUGAAACUGACCCAGUUCAACUUUUGUCUAAGGUGGUUGCUUUGCUGUAUAUGCAGGUCUAUAAUAAAGCUCUUCAAGCUCCUGGAAGGGCCAUAUCUGCUGCUAUUUCCCGGCUGAAGUGUUCCAAAAUUUGGCAGGAGAAGUUACCGGAUUCUGCAUACAAGGACUUGAUGGAGUAUCAUAAGAUAACAGUGACUUUAUUGGCAUUGCAAUCUGCUGCUACUGGAGAUGAAGACGAUUGUUCAUAUGACAGGAUCCUAAGCCAACAGGAGUUACUAGAAAGCAAAAUGCCUGAACUGAAAGCAUUGGUCUUGGGCACCACAAACUAACUCCAUUGACAAAAAAUUAACGGAUGACCACCGUUAUUGUUUAACUUCCUUUGGAAGACGUUAUUUUACAUUUGGGCAACCAGUGAACCUGUCAGCUCUGAAAGUAACGGGGAGAACGAGUAAGUCGCAAGAAUUUGUGUCCAUUACCUAUAUUUAUUUACCUUGAAUCUUGUGAAGGGAUAUUGCUUCCAGAUUUUGUAGUAUUCCUUUCCAAACAAAGAACUGCCCAGAAGAUUUCUCAUUGUUUUUCAUAUUUAUGAAACUAAAGUAAUCCGGAUCUGUAAAUGCGGACAUUGAGUGGAAUUUUGCAUAGGAACAUUUAGUUCUAGUUCGUUCUGGAGUUGUAAGCAGGCCUGAAAUAAGCUUGAGAUGUUGCUUGAUUAGCAAACUUUUAUUUUCAGUUAUUGUUGGAUUGUAUUAUCCCCCCCUAGAAUAACAAAAGUUAAAAAAUGUGGAUAGUUGUCAAAAUAUUCAUUUUGAUUGCAAUAUUUCAAAUGGCACACUAAA